UAUUGUAUGAUAUUCUCAAAGGCCCAACACAAAAUGCGUUUGGUAUCGUUCGUGGCAUUGCUAGCCACGGCGACUCUUGUGGCUGGAGACGGCCUAGACUGGUGGAAAACAGCGCUCAUCUAUCAGAUCUACCCAAGGUCGUUCAAGGACAGCGACGGCGAUGGCAUCGGCGAUCUUAAUGGCAUAAAAUCCAAGUUGCCCUACCUGAAAGACCUAGGCGUAGACGCGAUAUGGAUGUCUCCGAUCUUCCUCUCUCCUAUGUACGACUUCGGCUACGACAUUACGGACUAUCGUCAGAUUGCACCCGAGUACGGCACCAUGGCUGACUUUGAGGCGCUUUUGGCUGAGGCAAAGAAAAUUGGAGUUCGCGUUAUCCAGGACUACGUGCCAAACCACACGAGCAACGAAAGCGAGUGGUUCGUGAAGUCGACUAAGCGCGAUCCGCAGUACGAGAACUACUACGUGUGGGCCGAUGGCGUCAGAGGUGCUGACGGUCUAAUUGGACCUCCUAGCAACUGGAUUAGUAUCUUCCGCAACAGCGCGUGGGAAUACAGCCCCACACGUGGACAGUACUACCUUCACCAAUUCCUUAUUGGCCAACCCGACCUCAACUACCGCGAGCCUAAAGUGCAAAAGGAAAUGAAGGAUGUAGUUCGUUUCUGGCUAGACAAAGGCGUGUCUGGGUUCCGCGUGGACGCCAUCAACGUAAUGUACGAGGUGGAUCCUAAGAACUUCGGCGGCAAAUACCCCGAUGAACCGCUUUCAGGUGGCACCGACCCACAAGACUACGAAUAUCUGAAACACCCCUACACCAAGGAUCUGGACGAGACCUACAACGUCGUGUACGACUGGAGAGACAUUCUCGAUGAGUACAUUGAGAAACAGGGCGAAUAUAAAUUCAUGGUAACCGAAGCCUACACUGACCUGGACCUUAUGAUGAAGUACUACGGCAACGGCCAAAGAAACGGCUCCAUUCCCUUCAACUUUGUAUUCCUCGGGGACAUCAAGAACCAAUCCAAUGCGAGGGAGAUUAAGUUGGUCAUUGACAAGUGGAUGACGUUUAUGCCCAGCGGAAAAGUAGCUAACUGGGUGAACGGCAACCACGACCAAAGCCGCCUCGCGUCUCGCCUCGGCACCGAUCGGGUCGAUAUCAUGAACAUGCUCGCUCUGCUGUUGCCAGGAGUCACCUGCACCUAUCAGGGUGAAGAAAUUGCCAUGACAGACGGGUAUGUGAGCUGGCAGGACACAAAAGACCCUCAAGCUUGCAACACCAACGACCCAAUCAAUUACUGGAAAAAAUCUCGUGACCCGAACCGAACUCCCUUCCACUGGGACGAUUCGAAGAACGCUGGAUUCUCAACUGGAAAUUCCACGUGGCUGCCUGUCGCUGACAACUAUAAGACUUUGAACGUGGCUGCGCAGAUGAACUCUAAGAAGUCUCAUUAUCAGUUCUAUAAAGAUGUGGCUGCUCUAAAGAAAACAAAGGCCGUCCGCGAAGGAGAUCUUGACACGAGGACUUUCUCUCAAUCCAUUCUUGUCCUUACCAGGCUGGCCCCAGGAACUCCAGGUGUAGUUGGCAUUGUGAACCUGUCUGACAAGGAUGAGACAGUGGAUCUGUCAUCCCUCAAAUUGCUGCCGCCGCAGCUGCGCGUUGCGGCUUCGGGAGUUGAUUGCAAGUUGGAAACUGGUACCACUGUCAACAAGAACAGUAUCCAAGUGUCUGCUCAUUGUGCCAUUGCGCUGCAAAGUGUUUCUAACUGCUGCUAAAAUAUAGAUAUAAUUAUAUGUCUCUUUUAAAUAAUGAGAAAAUAGAAACUUACUUAACAAAUUGAAUUUAAAUGGAAAUUAACUUGGUAUAAUAAAAACUAUAGGAAAUCAAAUAAAUAG